AUGCCACCCCGGCAACACAGACAUACAGCGGUAGCGAUGAGAUCGGUCUGCGACCUCGGAAUCCUGCGUGCACGGCUGCGCGGGGCCUUGACUACCAGACUUGGUCUGGUCAAUUUCGUGCUCCUCGCGGUUCUGCUGGCCCUGACACUCGCGUCACGGCGAGCUUCAUCGAGUCAGCCUCGCGUCGUCGUCGCGGAUGUCCACGUGGCGCACCCGGACGUGAGCGCUGGGGCCACGCCACUCGCCGCUGCGGUGGUCGUGGAACUCGGGGGCUGGCCCGGCCGCGACAGCACGCCGCUGAUCCACAAGAUCGCGCCGCUGCUCGAGCAGUACAAGUGCGCGUUCCCGCACGUCUGGCUCGUCGGCGACUUCCGCACGCCGGUGCCCCCAGAGUGGCAGGACGCGGCGGUGCAGUGCACGACGCAGCUUCUGAGCUAUCGAUGCAACGCGAUGGCGAUCACGGCCAUGCUGGAAGCGCACGUCCGCACCGACGGCUUCCUCAUCGUCCAGGCGGACGCCUUCGUCAACCCCUGUUCGAUGUCGCGGCUGCCGAAGGACAAGUUCUGGAUCCAGAGCGCCGGGUGGCGGCAACCGCCUGCGGACGCUGCGGGCACGUGCGAGCACGUCACCCGCCCGCCGACGAAGCGCAUCUGGGGGUGGGACAAGUGGUCGCGGUGGUCGUGGUGGACGCAGACGAGCGAGCACACCAACCCGGACCUAACGACCCGCGAGGCCAUGGUAGAAGCCUACAAAGACCUGAAGCAGCGCGGACUCCUCCCCCCCGACUGGCCGCUCGACAAGUCGCAGCGCCUGGAGUCCGACGACGUCAAGUUCGUGCCGCACGGCGUCGCGGAGCGCUACGUCGAGGUCGCGCACGUGAUCGCUGCUCACGGCGUCUUCCACGAGGUCGGGGUUGCACUGCUCUGGUCCGCGCUGCACCACGCGCACGGGGUCGACUGCGUGGAGAUGGACACGCUCGGGGGGUGCUGCGUCGAGGUGGAUCCGAAUCUGCAGCUGCUGGCCGCGGACUGCGCGCACAAGCUCAGCAUUGACAGCAUACCCGUGGCGGCAAAGAUGCUGUCGUUGUGUACCGGGUGCCACGGCGGCGCGCAGGGGGCGGGCGGCGCGUGA